GGUUUCUCCUCCCCCUCUCUCCAUUGGAAUGGUUGUUCCUUCAGACUACCUACUGUGCCAUGUUGGAUGGAUGUAACGUUAUCGAUGUUGCAGCUGGAGUUACGAAUGAAAGUUUAGAUUUUGCCCUCUGCAGAGAUUGGGGUUCCCACGGAUUCUUCGAGGACCCUGGGGCAUGGUGACGUUAUUCAACAACCGGGAUCCAAAAAUAUUUCAUUUUGCAGGCCUCUAGCUACCUUAGAAACAACGUAAUAAGACGAUGCAGUUGCAGGCCAUGGCGACCAAAGGGUGCAUGAAUUGUUUGUAAUAUUCAAGAGUAAAACAGUUAACUUUGUUUAUCUGGAAAUUAUUUGGGAACAUGAAUAGCCAUCCUCCGCAACGCCGGGUUGGAAAUAUUGGCUCCAUACUCCUCACCCCGCAAGAGAACGAAUGUCUCUUCAACUACCUGGGAAGGAAAUGCAUUACCCUGUGCACAGCGGUGGUCCAGGUGUAUGGGGCAGACAGGAGCUCGUCCUGGGUGAAGAGGUGCUGCGGAGUGGCCUGUCUGAUCAAGGAUAACCCUCUGAGGUCCUACUUCAUCAGGGUCUUUGACAUCAAGGAAGGGAAAACCAUGUUUGAACAGGAGCUCUACAAUAACUUCUCAAUCAACAGCUCGAGGUCCUAUUUCAUUUCGUUUUCAGGAGAUAACUGCCAGGUAGGCCUGAACUUCGCUAGCGAGGAAGAGGCCAAGCGAUUUAGAGCCGCACUGAAAGACCUACUCAGCAGACGGCAACGUAAAACGGAGAAAAGACGUGACCCUGCAAAUGGCCCAGCUCUCCCUAUGGCCACUGUGGACAUCAAGAACCCGGAGAUCAACAAUAUGCGCUUCCACAACUCCCACCAUCAUCAACACCACCAGCAGCAGCAUCAGCCACACCACGUCAACAACAUGCUGCACAGCAGCUUCAGCAAGAAGGAGAAGAAAGUCAAGGGCAAGAGAAAGAAGCUCACCAAGGCUGACAUAGGCACCCCCAGCAACUUCCAGCACAUCGGCCAUGUGGGCUGGGACCCAAACACAGGCUUCGAUUUGAAUAACCUGGACCCGGAGCUAAAGAACCUGUUUGACAUGUGUGGCAUCUCAGAGGCCCAGCUGAAGGACAAGGAGACCUCCAAGGUCAUCUAUGACUUCAUCGAAAAGAAAGGAGGGGUGGAGGCCGUCAAGAACGAGCUCCGUAGGCAAGCCCCACCACCACCUCCGUCUCGGGGUGGCCCACCUCCUCCUCCCCCACCCCACAGCUCGGGCCCAGCUCCUCCCCCACCACCACCACCCCCAUCGCGAGGUGGCCGGGGUGCCCCGCCACCACCUCCACCCUCUCGGGCCCCCACCUCUGCCCCUCCCCCUCCCCCUCCAGGCCUGGUGCCCUAGGAGCCCCCUCCUCCCCCGCCCCAACAGAGGGGGCCACGGCCACCACCACUACCAGCCACCGCCUCCACCCUCACAUGCCCCCAGGCCCCACCGCCACCUCCCCCACCAGCAGCACCACCCUCCGGUGGCGGGGGAGCCCCUCCUCCACCUCCUCCACCACCACCCCCACCUGGACCCCCGCCCCCUCCAGAGCUGGACGGUUGUGUGGAGUCGCCCCACUCACCCCCGGGCUCGGGGGGUAAGUCAGCCCUGCUAGAGCAGAUCCGUGGGGGCACCCAGCUGAAGAAGGUGGAGCCACCGGCCUCCAAGCCACCGGCCACCACCGUAGGGCGCGACGCCCUGCUCGACCAGAUACGGCAGGGCAUCCAGCUAAAAACCGUACCAGACGGCCCUGAAUCGGGCUCCCCUACACCGGCCCCCUCGGCAGGCAUCGUGGGGGCACUUAUGGAAGUCAUGCAGAAGAGGAGCAAAGCCAUCCACUCCUCAGAUGAAGAUGAGGAUGAUGAUGACGAAGAGGAUUUUGAAGAUGAUGACGAAUGGGAUGACUAGUAAAGUUUCUCGUCCUCCUCCCCAACACAACUGACACUAAACUGAUCCUAAAAUCUUCCAAAAACGGACUAAAAUUGAGAAUGUUCAAUGAUUUUGCUUUAUUUAUUGUUGCCUUUUUUGCUUUUAUUAACCUGUGCAAUACCUUGUUCAUUUAAUCUGUAAAGUGUUGUCACAUACCCUCUGUAGAGUAUCUCUGGUAACACUUUCCUGCGACUCUGUCAUAGAAUGCUCACAUCACCGUUAAAAGCAUGAUAUACAAAUCUUAUAAGCUGUCAUAACUGUUCAUGAUAAUACGCUGACUUGCUCAGGCUGACCACCACUGCAUGUGACGCUGCCAGAUUGCAUGUCGUACGCUAAUACAAGGCGUUAUAAAUCACCAAUGACACCUGGCGUCUGUUUAGGAGGGUGCAAUGUCACGGAACGUCCAGAGAUAGAAACGUAUUGUGUAGAAUAGAUAUGAUUCUCGGUUCUCGAGUAGUUCUUAUUCACUUACAGUAUCAGUUAACAUUAUAUUUCCAUCUGCAACGUUCUGAACACUUAGCUCUAUGGAAUAACACACUGCUGCUAUGUCAUGGUUAUGACAGCCUAAAGACAGCAGGUUCAAGUAGUACGGUAUCUGAUGGAUUAACAGUGUGCAAUUCUAGUUAGGAUAUAUUUGUUUGGUGUGUUACUUUAAAUGUUCUGUUCCCCUGUCCGUAAAGAAAGGGAGAAAGAGAUAUAUUCACACACACACACACACACACACACGUAACAAACGAAAGAGGUCAUUGUUGUGUCGUUAUUGUUGUUAAUGCAAGAUAACACUAUUUUCUUACCCUACUUUUCUGUACCUUCGAUUUUCUUAAUGAGAUCCUAGUUUAGCACAGUUAUUUUUUCAUAUGGAGGCCACUUAUUAGAAUUUUAAGCCCAAAUUGACUGGUGUAAAUGUGUUCAAUGCUUCGUUCAAAGCUGUUAUAUCUUGGCACAAUUUCAAAAUUGAAUUUACUAUAAGA